AUGAUCGCCGUCAUCCGCAAGUUCCACGUCGGAAUGCGGGCCCGGGUCCGCAUGAACGAUGGGGAGCUAUCGGACUGGUUCUCGGUCACGCAGGGACUGCGACAAGGGUGCUCAAUGUCCCCACUGCUGUUCAACGUCUUCUUCGCCGGGCCUCUCGAGGUCAUUGUCACACGGUUCAGCAAGGAUGAGGUUAUCAUGCGGGACCUAGUAUACCUGAAGGAGGAGGAAGGGGGGGGGAGGACAUUGCUGGACCGAGUUCGGAGGGCGGUGUGGGGGAUGCUAUAUGCCGACGAUGCCGGCGUUGUGUCGAAGUCCGCCGACGGCCUGGCGAGGAUGAUGACCAUUAUCGUGGAGGUGUCCCGGGAGUUCGGGCUGACGGUGUCGGAGAGAAAGACGGAGACAUUGGUGAUGCGGGUGAAGGAGAAACAGCGACCGCCGCCGACGCCACCGCCGUCGCUGACCAUCGAAGCAGCGGGGCAAAGGUACGCACAGACGACCGAGUUCCGAUACCUGGGCGGCCUCAUCAACGAGCAGGGCGACCUCACCCGAGAGAUCAACCACAGGAGCAAAGCAGCGUGGGCGUGCAUUAGGCGAUACGCCACGGAGCUCUUCGACCGACCGGGAGCACCGUUUCGCCUCAAGGCCCGCCUACUCCAGGCGGAGGCAGUGGCGGCACUGCUAUACGGCUGCAUGACAUGGUCCCCACGCCGCGACCACUACCGGCUGCUGCAGACGACACACCACCGUCUGCUUCUGCGAGUUAUCGGCUACCGGCGCAAACGAGGCACCUACCGGCAGCUGUCAUACGCCCAGGCGCUGAAGAGGGUCGGCUGCCAGAGCGUGGAGGCCACUGUCCGUCAACGGCGCCUGCUCUUUGCGGGGGCCGUGGCAAGACAGCCAGACGGGCGGCUUCCGAAACGGCUGAUGUUCGGCGAGUUGGUGGGAGGGGAGAACCCGGGCCGGGGAAGCCCGGAGCAGAACUGGCUGAUAUGCCUGAAGGAAGACCUGAAGAUGUUCGAAGCCAGACACGGCUCCACGCCCGACAAGCGGAGCUUCUUCGGAAUCCCGAAGCCAGACUGGGACGAGGCGGCGAAGGUGGAGGGGGGGGUACCGUGGCACGCGGGGGUGCUACAGGGAGCUGAGAGGUUUAUGGCCUCUUGGCACAAGGGCGAGGAGAAGGCCAGCCGACAACGAGCCAUCAAACGAGGAGACAGCGGGCCCAAAAAUAGUCUAGAUACGGCACCAAUCAACGGGGCGGGAGGGGGGCGGGAGGAAACGGCGCGGGAAGAAAGCAAGCGAGAAGAGACCGACCGCGUGACGUGACAUGUUGCGGUUGAAUUUCAGCGACUAGUUUUUCUGUUGCCCUCUCCCCCGUUUGCUGUCGCGUUCAGACUGUCUCUACGGAUAUCCCUGUCUCUGUGCGAGUUUAUUUAUGUCCUCGUCUGUCUUUGGUUUAUUUCGUUUUUGUUUUGUUUUUUUACUGGCACGUACUGCUGACCCUGGGGUCCUUCCGGAAGGCUAACCCCCAGGCUGGCGGUGCGCACGUUCCACUAUUUAUUUAUUGAUUUGAUUCUGAUUCUUUCGUUUUCUUGUAUUUCAUCGC